AUGGCAGAGAAGUUGGACCGGAGAACUUUGCAAUCGCCAAUUGCAAGUUUAGACCGUGACAUGCAAUCAAUGUGGGAUGCGAAGCGGCAGCUGGAAUCCCUGGAAGAACGAAUGGCUUCGGCUGUUGCGUAUCUCCAUCGCCAGCUUCUAGAUCUACAAAAUUCACAGUCGGGUGGCAUUGCGAAGAUGCCAGCAGAUGUCGAUGCUCGGCUAGUUGCUUUGGAGCAACAGCAGGAGCACAACAAGAAUCGUUUGGCUGCAGUGGCUGAUGGCACGAACGCCCUCUCCAAGGAACAACAUGCGCAAGAGCAACGUCUUCAAGCAUUACAGGAGCGCGCUAUCAAUGCAGAAUCUGCCUCUCAGAGAGUGGCGGGGCUAUUCCAGGACUUGCGACACGACGUCGCAGAGUUCUUCAGCGAAGAGGAGAGCAGGCUCUCACCCCGCAGCCUCGGCGGGGAGGAGCUUCGCAGCUUGGUUGCCGAGCAGCGUAUGCCUCGCACCCAGUGCUUAGAGAAUGCGUGGAGAGGCACGGUGAAUCUUGCUAAUGCGAGAAGUUGCGGGCAGUACGAUGUGUCCCCCGCCCGUGGUCAGGAAGAACGGGGUCCGAAGGGUUCAUGCAUGUUGAUGCUGCAUACACCCACUUCUCCAAGAUCCUUCAGGAUUCGGGCCACACAAGCUGAAGGGAAAAUGUGUUUUCCUGGCCAGAGCACGCGCACCGUAACUCACCCGAACACAGCAGCACUCAUGGUCUCUAUGAGAGCAUGGAGGCACGUCGAGGCAGGUACAAGGUGA